AUGAGCUCACAAAAGGACUUCACUGUCGCCAUCGUAGGCGGAGGAAUUGUUGGACUUGUGUGCGCAAUCGCGCUUGCCCGUGAGGGUAUCGAUGUCGACGUGUUUGAAGCCGCCUCUAGGUACGGGGAAAUCGGCGCAGGUAUCGGGAUGGGUGCCAAUGCCAUGCGCGUGCUGAAGGAUCUUGGUCUACUUGACGACAUACUGGCACGCUCGGAAAGCAUUCACUCUGCGCAGAACUCUGCUCAAUUUGUGCGUGGGGCUGAGCCACACGACAUCGUCUACGACUACCCCAAGGAGAAUGCUAUGAAUGGACUGGGAUUCCAUCGGGCCGCUUUCCUCGAUAUCAUAGCUGGGCUACUGCCUAACAACGUGCGCUCGCACUUCAACAAGCGGUGCACUUCCGUAUUCAGCGCACCGAGUGAUCGCGUGCGCCUACGCUUUGCCGACGAUACUGAGCAUGAAGUCGACCUCUUGAUCGGUACAGAUGGUAUCAAGAGUGCCGUGCGCGCACAGGUGCUCGGAGCCGAUGGGGAUCGACUUGUACACACGGGCACGAGUGCCUUCAGGGCCUUGGUACCCACGCAACGCCUGCGUGCCGCUGGUGUCAGAGAAGAGUUCCUGACAUCGGGUCCGAGAAUCUAUCUUGGACAGGAGAAGCAUAUUUUUGCCGCUUCUAUCAUGGGCGGCGCAUUGUUCAACGUAGCGGCGUUCACGACGGACUUCGCGCAUGCUAUGACACCAGCGGGUUCGCAAGAUUCGUGGGCAAACUGGGUGUCGCCCACGUCGAAGGACGAGAUUCUCGCGGCGUUCGAGGACUUCGGGCCCGACGUGCGCAAGAUCCUCGAAUGUAUCGACGGCCCGGCGAACAAGUGGGCCAUCCAUGGCUUGUAUCCGCCCCUUGAGACCCAUGUGGGCUCGGUCACAGCCGAUGGAGACGCGAAGGACACCAAGAACGUAGUGCUCCUAGGCGAUUCCGCGCACGCGAUGCUCCCGCAUAUGGGUGCUGGCGCUAGCGUAGGGAUCGAGGGUGCAUACGUGCUCAAGAGCUUGCUCUCGCAUCCACAAGCCAAGCUCGCCAACUUGUCUGAUAUCCUGCGUGCUUACAGUGAAGCCCGCGUGCCUCGCGCUCACUACGUCGCCAUCGGGAGCAAGCGCGCGGGCGAUGUCUAUCAAGGACAUGGUCCAAGUGGUUCCAGUGACGAACAGCGUCGGGCUGAUCUCGACUUGCAGUGGGAGGGUGUCUGGAAGUAUGACUGUCAGGCUGAGGUUGCUCGGGCUGUCAAGACACUCGAGGAGGGCGGUGUCUUCCAGCGCAACUAG